UGAGAAGCUGGUCACAGCAGCACCAUGAAAGGACACAUUAUUUUCUUUGGAGCGGCUCUUAUAUUUAUUAGCAUCCUUGUAAAACUUUCCCCCCAAGGACAAGAUUCUUAUAAUGACAAGUACAUGUCACUGCUGGGGUCCCCGCGCAGCCCCGACCUGCGCAGACAAAUCGUGGAAAGGCACAGGGACCUAAUGUUCUUCUAUAGAACCUUACUGGGCUCAGGAAACACAGGUCCGGAGGAUGAGGCGCCGAGGAUUCUGGGAGCGGAGGUAGACCUGGCGUUCCGUGGGAUGCUAACGUGCCAAGACCUCUCUUAUUUGUCACGAAUCGAUUAUAUCGGGUCUGGCUUUACCAAACUGGUCCUGAGGGGGACUUUAUUAAACGGCAAAGGCAUCGCCGUCAAGACGGUCCACGGCGAAGGGAACGACGUGAGGAGCUGCGUGCAGGCGCACGGCGACAGCGUCGGCUGUCACCGACUGGCCACCUACAAACUGCAGAAGGAGAUUGCGCUGAUGCAGAUUCUGCGUCACCCCGGCAUCAUCCAGCUCCACGGACAGUGCUACGUGAAUAGCGAACCCGCGGACAUCAGGGUCACCGCCAUGCUGGAUCUGGGGUCCCCCCUUGAGAUGAUUCAGCUCCUGCAGGCCCCCUGGGAAGAGCGAUUUAAAGUCUGCCUGGAACUGGUGCGCUUGUUGCAUUACCUGGCUAACUCGCCGCUGGGGUCGGUCGCCCUCCUGGAUUUCCAGCCGAGGCAGUUCGUCCUGGUGGAUGGGAGCCUGAAGCUGACGGAUCUGGACGACGCCACAAGCGAAGAGAUCUCGUGCAGAGAGGACGCUGAUUGCACCCUCACCUUCCCUGCUAGGAGUUUCGGGGUCACAUGCUCAGCUGGAGGGAGCUGCGUCAGAGCCAAUGAGAAGAGAAAUCUCUACAAUGCGUACAGAUUUUUCUUCACCUACCUCCUGCCCCACGCCUCACCUCCCGCACUUCGACCGCUCCUACAGGACAUCAUGAAUAAUACAGGUGAUUUACGGUUUGGGAUUCAUGAAACCCUGAGGGCCUUUGAAGAUGUCCUGACCUUCUACAAGUCAGGAAUGAACCUGAGCCGCACCCGACAUCUGGAAGAAUAUUCUGCGCUCAGAGGAUUCCGCGUCAACGAGACGACGGAUGAUUUCCGAUGCUGGCCCUCCUACAACCACCAGGGAUGCCUGCUCUCCAUGCACAGCGCCGCGGAGGCAGCAGAAUUUUGCAUCCGCCACUCCCACUGCUGGAACUUCGUGAUCGGCCAACACAGGACAUGGACGGGUCACUAUCUUGUGGUGUUCGCCAGCAAGGAGGCACGGCUUAUUCCAGAUGAGAAUUCCUUUGUCUACGUCCGGCAUUCAAGUAACGACGAAGGUCUAGCUGUGCAGAACUUGAAACAGGAAGGCUAA